UUAUAUUUUCAUUGAAGAUACUGUUGAGUUUAUUAAAGUUAAGGGACAGGAGCACUUCUGCUUUCAACUCCAAAUGUCUAACUAAAAACGAGAAGAGACACUAUACCCUUUGUUCGUUGGAGUGGACACUGACACUUCGUCCUGGCUGUGGAGACGCAAAGGAGCUCAGGAUGAGGAGUCAGAGCACUUUUCUUUUCUCACUUUUCUCUCUGCUGCUUCAGCCUCACGUUUCACUCUUUUACUCUUUACAAAACUGCACCAUAGACUUUGAUGACCACAGUCAAAUUGUUUGUGAUCAUAAUAAACUAACCAGUGUUCCUCCUGGUCUCCCCAAAACAGCCACUUCUUUGAGUGUGUUUGACAAUGACAUCCAGAGAAUCCGACAGACUGAUUUUAAAGGUUUCACCAGACUUCAGUUUUUACACCUGGGGAUGAAUGACCUCUCACACAUUGAAGAAGGAGCCUUUUCAGAUUUAUCUGCUGUAACUGAGAUUAUGUUGUCUUUCAAUGAACUCACAGCCCUGACUGACAACACUUUUACAGGGCUGUCAAACCUGACAUCUCUGUACCUAAACAAUAACAAAAUAUAUUCUGUUUCACAGUAUGCCUUUAGGCCUCUGAAAGAACUGCAGAUUCUUGACAUGGGAUCAAAUAACUUAGUCCAAAUUAGCAAUAUCAUUAACAUUGUUACACAUUGUCCAGCAAUAAAAACUCUGAGCUUGCAUUUUAACCAGCUAACCUCAUUUGAAUCCAACCUUUUCCCAACACAUUUUUUAAACCUUACUCAGCUGGAUCUCCAAUCAAACCCUCUGAAGAGGUUUAGAGUUCACGGGAAUGUGUUUCCAAGUUUAAAUGAGCUGCGACUGCCAGCAAUAAUGCCAGAUUGUGACUGGGACGUUUCUGACAGAUCCCUGACACGUGUGAGGAGUUUGAUCGUGGAGUUGGAGUUUGGAAUCCAAGUAAACCUUCAGUUGUAUAAAUCCAUAUUUCAAAGUGUCAAUAAAGCCGAGUCUGUGUAUCUGUCAUAUUCUGCUCUAGAGUCUCCUGAAGGCCUGUUACCAUUAACUUGUGAAAUUCCAACCUUGCAAAAGUUAGAUUCAUUUCUCAAUAUUAUUCGGAUUCUCAAUGAAACUCUCCUACAGUCCUGCACUAAUUUGACUGAACUUCAUCUAAAAGGAAAUUCUAUGAGUGAUUUAUCAGAUUGUUCUCUAUGUAUGAUGAAACAACUCACUCGGCUGUCAAUAGAGUCAAAUGAAUUAUCCAAAAUACCAACCACGAUCAGAAACAUGUCCACUCUCACAUAUCUGUCCUUUGAACAAAACCUUAUCACAGAUCUUCACUGUUCAGACUUUUCACAUUUGACGUCAUUAUCUGAACUCAACUUAAAUUCCAAUCGAAUUUCCAGUCUCAACAGCUGUAUGUUUAAGGGUCUCGAGAAUUUAAAAAUACUACAAGUGAAAAAUAAUUUCAUUUCUUUACAAUUGGAUAGUUUUGGUUUUACUUUGGCUCAUCUGACACAUUUAAACGCAGCUGAAAAUAGCCUUAGAUGGUUUCAGAAAGGAACAUUUAAAAGUAUGCAAUCUCUUGUUGAACUGAAUUUGAAAUCAAAUAGAUAUUCCAUUGUUGACAAUGGUGCAUUUGAGGGACUUACAAAUUUAAAAACUCUGACUUACUCACCGUCUUACUUUUAUAUUGGGGAUUUUACAAGUUUUAAACAGCUAGAAAAACUUAUUAUGUUCGUUUUCUACAGCACCUUAAAUACAACAACAAAUAAUGACUUUUUUUUCAAUAUGUCUUCCCUGCAUGAGUUAAAUGUCAUUGUAGAUGUAAGUACUUGUUUUACAUGGACACGAAACCUUCUUAACAGCAUAAGAAAUUUAAGAGUUCUGUCAUUUGAAAAUUAUUGCUGCAUGGUCUUUGAUGAUGACAUGUUUAUUGUCAGUCCCAAACUAUUACGUCUUCAAUUUAUCAACUGUGACCAAUUCACUCACACAUCUAAGCUGUUUCACCCUCUGAAAGACCUAAACGUUCUGGACUUGACAAACGACAACAUACAAUCUUUAGACUUUUUGCGUGACGCUAACCUCACCAAAGUGGAAAAGUUGAUCUUAAAAGACAAUAAGCUCUUAGUAAUAGAUGAAACAGUUUUUGAAACUCUAACUUCACUAAAACACCUCGACUUAUCUGGAAAUCCAUUUGCAUGUAACUGCUCAAACGCUGGGUUUAUAGACUGGGUGAUCAGAAACAAACAAGUCCAAGUGGUCAAUGCUUUUCAGUACAGAUGCUCCUCUCCUCCGUCUGAAGAAGGAAACUUUUUGCUGGACUUCAAUGUGCAGUCAUGUUGGGAGUUCACUGGCUUCCUCUGCUUCAUCUCCAGCUCUGCUUUGGUCCUUGUCACUCUUCUGUCCUCCUUCACCUAUCACUUUCUGCGAUGGCAGCUGGUCUAUGGCUACUACCUCCUCCUGGCAUUUCUCUACGACAGUAAAAAGAGAAGACAGGGCUGCCCUUACAUCUACGACGCGUUUGUGUCCUACAACGUUCACGAUGAGGACUGGGUUUACAGAGAGCUACUGCCUGAACUGGAAAGAGUCCAGGGAUGGAGGCUGUGUCUGCACCACCGCGACUUCCAACCAGGGAAACCCAUCAUUGAGAACAUCACAGACGCCAUCUACAGCAGCAGGAAGACUCUGUGUGUGAUCAGCCGUCGAUACCUGCAGAGCGAGUGGUGCUCACAGGAGAUACAGAUGGCCAGUUACCGUCUGUUUGAUGAGCAGAAGGACGUGCUGAUCCUGCUGUUUCUGGAGGAGAUCUCGUCCAAUCAGCUGAGUCCGUUCUACCGCAUGAGGAAGCUGGUGAAGAGCCGCACAUAUCUGAGCUGGACCCAGGCCCGGAACCACAGGGGCCUGUUCUGGGAGAAGGUUCAGAGAGCGUUAGAGUGUGACAACGAACCUGCCGACAGCCACAACCCACUGACCGCUAAUGUUUAUUAGGUGGUAACAGGCUACAGUCAUAGAAGUUUAAUAAGAUCUGGAACGAACCGACAAUGACAUUGUCGUGGUUUCUAAGGACAAAGCUCAUGACGCCAAUUUUUUUUCUUCUGUAUUAAUGAACUGCACAAUCAGUUCUGUCCAAUCAGAACGAUGGCAGGUAGAGUUGAGCUAACACGUUCUUAUGCUGCAUUCGUUUAUUCAUUUGUCUCCCACUCAGAUCUCGGAUACGACGUCACUUCCGCGCUUCAACCGUUCCAUUAUGUUUCGUGAAAAAAAAAGAAAAGCUGUACCAGAUGCUCCAAAAUAAGUCUGUGCUUCAACUACACAACCACGAGAUAGAAUUCAGUAUAAAAAGAAUAAUUCAGUGUAUUAUUGAAGUGAAAGCGUUUGGUGUUGAUAGUCAAUCAUUUUUGCACAUUAGCAGGAAAUGCUAAAAACAUGGGCAACACCGACCUCCAAUACAGGAAAGUACUGAAGAAAUACAGAUGCAGUAAAGUACUGAAGUAAUACAGAUACAGUAAAGUACUGCAGUAAUACAGAUACAGUAAAGUACUGCAGUAAUAUAGAUGCAAUAAAGUACUGCAGUAAUAUAGAUACAGUAAAGUACUGCAGUAAUAUAGAUGCAGUAAAGUACUGCAGUAAUAUAGAUACAGUAAAGUACUGCAGUAAUACCAGUGACUGAAAUUGUCUUUUAAACCAUCAAAUCGUCCAAACACAAUGAAAACAGUUCAUACACGUGACACUGGGUGCAGUGUCUUGGAUUCUAUCACAGAAUCUUUGCUCGUUCUCCUCUGAGCUCUUCCAAGUUCUGAGUUUCUCUGUCCGAGGAAAAGGGGCGUGUCAGUGCGUGUCUCUAGGCAACAUCCUCGGACCUCCGAGUCGGAUGAUACACGAAUGCACCAUUAGUGUGGCUCGGCUAAAUUUUACAAAACUAUGAUUUAGAUGCUCUGAGGAUUUAAAUGUAAGAUGUUCAACGAGAAAAAAUCUGUCCUGUGUGAAACUGUCCCUGUCAGGCUUUGAUCACACACAUUUAACUGCACUCACUUGGCUAUUUGUUUUUGUUUGGAGCUCAUAAUCCUAAAAUAAUCAAAUAAAUACAAACAUAGAUAAAUAAUAGCUGUAUUCUUAUAAUGUUAGAAAGGUUAACAGUAUAAAUAAUAAUGUUUUUAUUGUUCCAUUAUGCCACUAUACUAUAUCCCCGGUGAAAAAGUGGACAAGAUUUCAGAGAAAUUGAUUCCAUGUCUUGUAGGAGUAUCUGUGUGCUGAAUGCAGUGGAGAGGUGACUGUUGUGGUUCACUUGAUCUGAAUCUAAACACACAGUAUCUCAGAUUAACUGUGAGGCCGUACUCUCAGUUCCUCUUUGGACCACACUGAGCUGAAGAACACAGAGAAGGCCUGUGUGCUCUCUCAGACUGUCAA